UUACUAAAGGCUAAACUAGCCAAGUAUCGAUCCCAGCUGUUGGAACCCUCGAAGAAGGGAGAAAAGGGUGAAGGUUUCGAUGUACUAAAAUCGGGCGAUGCCCGUAUAGCUUUGAUAGGAUUUCCUUCGGUGGGGAAGUCCACGUUGCUGUCUACGUUGACCAAAACGGAAUCCGAGGCGGCCAACUAUGAGUUUACAACGCUGACCUGUAUCCCGGGUGUGAUCGAGUACAAGGGUGCUAACAUCCAGCUACUGGAUUUGCCCGGAAUUAUUGAAGGUGCCGCCCAGGGCAAAGGUCGUGGACGGCAAGUUAUUGCCGUGGCUCGAACUGCCGAUCUGGUUCUGAUGAUGCUGGACGCCACAAAACCAAACGUUCAUCGGGACCUUCUGGAGUAUGAAUUGGAAUCCGUGGGGUUGAGAUUGAACAAACGGAAACCGAACAUUUACUUUAAGAUCAAGAAGGGCGGUGGUUUGAGUUUCAAUUCCACUUGUACCCUGACCAGAUGUAACGAAAAGAUGGUCCAAACGAUUCUACAUUCGUUCAAGAUAUUCAACGCCGAGGUUCUGUUCCGGGAAGAUUGUACCGAGGAUGAGUUCAUCGAUGUGGUUACCGGAAAUCGGAUUUAUCUGCCGUGUAUCUAUGUGUACAACAAAAUCGAUCAGAUUUCGAUUGAGGAAGUCGAUCGAUUGGCCCGACAGCCAUUCAGUGUUGUUGUGAGCUGCAAUAUGCACCUAAACUUGGACUACCUUCUGGAGGUCCUCUGGGAACAUCUGAUGCUGAUAAGAGUGUACACGAAAAAACCCGGUGCGCCCCCGGAUUUCGACGAUGGCUUGAUUCUAAGAAGGGGUGUUACCGUGGAGCACGUUUGUCACGCGAUCCACAGAACGUUGGCCGAAGCGUUCAAGUACGGGCUGGUGUGGGGCACCUCUACGAAGUAUUCACCCCAGCGGGUCGGAAUUUCCCAUGUCAUGCACGACGAGGAUGUCAUCCAGGUGGUAAAGAAGUAAAGUUAAAGUGUUCCCCGAUUCGGUCGUCGCAAAAGUUUCCGACAAUUUUUUAAUCGCCUCACACCUAUCAUCGUCCCGAAAUCAAUGGAAAAUCGAUCGCAUCGCAAAUCGGUCCCGAGAGCAUGAUUGAUUCAUUUGUCGACGGAAACGGUAAGUGCUUGAGAUUUUGUUUCAUUUCUAUCGUAGCUGACGUAACGUGACGGUCAUCCCGGUCAGCUUAGAAAUAUAUUGAUUAUGUAUCGAA